AUGCCUGAAGCUGUCGCCAUGCCCCAAAAGCGGGUUCUCGGCGAUGCAACCAACAAUCCCCGCGGCGUCGUGCAAUCGCCCGGCGCGUUGAAGAAGCGAAAGAUCGAUGUCGACACUCCAGCCAAACCGAGCCCUCGGACCCAAAAUGGGUUACGAAAAGUCGGCUCAAGUCAGCCGCAGAAGAGCCAAUUCGAGGAGGAGGUUCUGGAGAAAUUGACCCAGGACAUCAGCGACUUAAAGCAGAACAACUCGGAGAAGGACCAGCAAUGGGAACGGCCCCCGCUCGGUGAAUUUGACCCCAAGAAGGAGAACAUAUGCUUUCAGCAGAUUGAUGCGGAAGAUGGCAUGGCUAUGGGCAAAGCGGCUAUCAGGCUUUUCGGUGUUACAGAUGUUGGCCAGUCCGUGCUUCUCCACGUUACAGGAUUCAAACAUUAUAUCUAUAUCGCCGCUCCCGUCGGAUUCACGAAAGAUGACUGCAAUUCUUACACAAGCUUCCUGAAUACGAAACUAGGACAAUUCCCUUCAGUCGUCGACACGGUUCAAAUAACGAUGAGGGAGAACAUUUACGGCUUUCAAGGAAAUAAGAAGAGCUACUACCUCAAGAUAACAGUGACAGACCCGCGGCACAUUCCGAAACUUCGAUCCGCACUGGAGACGCAAGCUCAGAUGCUGAAUUACAAGGGCCUCUGGAACAAGUCCGAGCCUGGGAUCUUGACAUUCGACAACAUUCAAUACUUGCUUAGGUUCAUGAUUGAUACGGAUAUCCAGGGCAUGUCGUGGGUCGAGGCGCCAGCAGGCAAGUAUGAUCUGCUUUCCCAGCAGGAUAAGGUCUCAAACUGCCAGCUCGAAGCGCGCAUUGAUUACCAUGACCUUAUUGCCCAUGCCCCAGUUGGCGAGUGGGCCAAGAUGGCGCCCUUGCGAAUUCUCUCCUUUGAUAUAGAGUGCGCGGGACGAAAGGGAAUUUUCCCAGAACCAAAUCAGGACCCGGUCAUCCAGAUUGCUAAUGUUGUUACGCGUUACGGAGAGUCCAAGCCAUUCAUUCGCAAUGUAUUCGUUCUGAACACGUGCAGCUUAAUCGUCAACACGCAGAUCUUGGAAUUCGACAAAGAAGAGGCAAUGCUCAUGGCCUGGCGCGAAUUUCUUCAGAAGGUCGACCCCGAUGUUAUCAUUGGAUACAACACCGCCAAUUUUGAUUUCCCGUAUUUACUGGACAGAGCGAAACACCUCAAAUGCCAGAAUUUCCCUUACUGGACCCGCCUCAACGGCAUGAGGUCCGAGGCGAAGGAGUCGAAGUUCUCAAGCAAGCAAAUGGGCAAUCGCGAUACGAAAACUACAAACACCAACGGCAGAAUCCAGCUGGAUUUGCUGCAACUUAUCCAGAGAGACUAUCAACUACGAAGCUACACACUUAACUCCGUGUCUUACGAAUUUCUCAAAGAGCAAAAGGAAGACGUUCACCACACCAUGAUCACCGAGCUGUACAACGGAACGCCUGAUUCUAGGCGUCGUCUCGCCGUCUACUGUCUGAAAGAUGCAUAUCUACCGCAGAGGUUAAUGGACAAGCUCAUGUGUCUGGUCAACUACACUGAGAUGGCAAGAGUCACAGGCGUUCCAUUCAACUUUCUACUCUCCCGUGGGCAGCAGGUCAAGUUCCUCAGUCAGCUGUACCGCAAAGCAUUGGAACAGCAGCUGGUCAUUCCAAAUAUCAAGUCAACAGACGAACAAGACUAUGAGGGUGCUACUGUUAUCGAACCCGUCCGUGACUACUACAAAGUGCCGAUCGCCACACUUGAUUUUGCCUCUCUUUACCCUUCGAUCAUCCAGGCCCACAAUCUGUGUUACACGACCUUGCUCAACAAGAACAGCGUUGUUGGUCUGGUAAAGGAUGAAGAUUAUAUUGUCACACCAAACGGUGAUAUGUUCUGUACACCUAAGGUGCGAAAAGGUCUUCUGUCGCAGAUUCUGGAAGAAUUGUUGAGUGCAAGAAAACGCGCGAAGAAGGAUCUUGCCGUAGAGACCGACCCUUUCAAAAAGGCUGUCUUGAACGGUCGACAACUUGCUCUGAAGAUUAGUGCCAACAGUGUCUACGGUCUUACCGGUGCCACGGUAGGAAAACUCCCCUGCUUGCCCAUCGCCAGUAGUACAACCAGUUACGGCCGUCAAAUGAUCGAGAAGACGAAGCAGGAGGUUGAGGCCAGAUACACUAUCGCGAACGGCUAUUCGCACGAUGCAAAGGUCGUCUACGGUGAUACUGAUUCGGUCAUGGUGAAAUUCGGCGUUGCGGAACUCGAGGACGCGAUGAAACUCGGACAAGAAGCUUCUGAGUACGUCUCGUCGAAGUUCCCGAAACCGAUUAAGCUCGAGUUCGAAAAGGUCUACUUUCCGUAUCUUCUCAUCAACAAGAAGAGAUACGCUGGACUUUACUGGACGAACCCCAGAAAGUACGACAAAAUGGACACGAAGGGUAUUGAAACCGUGCGUCGAGAUAACUGUCUGCUCGUGCAGAAUGUGAUUGAAACCGUGCUACAUCGGAUUCUAAUCGACCGGGAUGUCGACGCCGCUCAAGAGUAUGUCAAGGACACCAUCUCCGAUCUCUUGCAAAACAAGGUCGAUAUGUCCAAGUUGGUCAUCACAAAAGCCCUGACCAAGGAGUCUUAUUCGGCCAAACAAGCACACAGUGAACUGGCUGAGCGUAUGAAGAAGCGCGACGCAGGUUCUGCUCCUACUCUUGGUGACCGUGUCGCGUACGUCAUCGUCAAGGGGGCUGCUGGUACGAAAAAUUACGAGAAGUCGGAAGAUCCCAUUUACGUGCUGGAGAACAAUAUCCCUAUCGACACGAGAUACUACCUCGAUAACCAGCUCGCGAAUCCUCUCGGACGUAUCUUCGAGCCCAUUCUUGGUGAAAAGAAAGCCAACCAGCUGCUCCAUGGUGAGCAUACCCGUUCCAUCGCGAUGGCGGCACCCACGAUGGGUGGCCUUAUGAAGUUCACCAAGAAGACGCAGACUUGCCUGGGCUGUAAGAAGCCGUUGACUGGAAAAGAAACCUCAGCUGGAGCUGUUUGUGAAAAUUGCCGUCCCCGUAUGGGCGAACUUUACACGAAAAGCCUGAACAAGAUGUCAGACCUCGAGGUCCGGUUCGGCCGACUCUGGACUCAGUGCCAACGAUGUCAAGGCAGUCUUCAUUGCGAGGUCAUCUGCUCAUCUAGGGACUGUCCGAUUUUCUACAUGCGGAUGAAGGCGAAGAAGGACGUGGAGGAGGCCCAGAAGGAGUUGUCUCGGUUUGAUUUUGAUGCUGGGGCGUGGUAA